UUUUCGUAAUAUUGAGAAAAAUUUGUAGCGGCAAACGUUGCAAACGCCAUGAUCCAGCGUUUGGUCUGUUUAGUAACCAGAACCGUGGUUGACUUUGUUUAUACUUAAACCAAGCGCUCACGAAUUUCCACCUUUUCAACGUUUCAAACGUUGGCGUUUGCUCUACAAAACGUUUUCCGCUAUGAAAUUUCCUCAUCGACUCUAUUGUAAUAAUACAUCACUGAACGUAGUUUGCCGUGACCGCACCACCCAUUCACGCCGAUAAGGCACGCUCCGUCUAUUUUGUCAUGGCCCAAACCACGAUUUAAGGCCGGGGCUAUACACGACGUAUUCCGUAGAAUUAAUAAUGCAUUGGUUUAUAUCGGAGCUGCAGCGGGCCGCGUUUUCAUCGUGAUUCGUGAUAAUGGUUAAUGGUUGAAGGUGGGUUUCCACAAAAUGCGUGUACGUGUACGUGCAUAAAUAUACCUUUCUGUGAUUGGUUGGUAUACACGGAUAUAAGAUCAUAUUUUGUAAAAACUGAUGGGAGUACCAAAAAAAAAGACUUACAUAAUUCAAUAUCACCACAUCAGAAAGGAAAAUCAUCAAAAAAACGGCAUGUAUUAUCAAGUGAUGAUGAAGAUGAUGUAGUACCUCCGACACCAGCUGCAGAUAAACCGAAAAAAAAAUUAGCUGAAAAACGAAAACUUAUAAACCCAGCUGAUGUUUUUGGUUCAGAACCAGUAAAACAAAGCACCAUCAAUGUGAUAAAACAAAAAAAAAAAACCCAAGUUGAUCUGCUUGAACAAGAUUUUGAUUUUGAAUGGGGAGAAUUAGACAACAUUGAAAAACAACUCAAUGACUCAAAAUCAAAUGAUAUUCCUAUAUCUCCCAAAAAAUCUCCAGCUAAAUCGAAUCAAAUCACACCAAAAAACUCGCCAGCUAAAUAUGAUACUUUCAGGACACCCUCGGUAUCACCAGCUAAUAAGAGACAUAUUCUUGCAACACCCAAAUCAUCAUCUAACUCUAAUUCAACUCCUAAUUCAUCUCCAAGAAAGACAGUACAAUCCACACUAAUACCUCAAAAAACAAAAAGCCCAUCAGAAUCACCAAGAAAAUUGGGACUUGAAAACAAAACAAUUAAGAUCAACAUUGAAUCUCCAAAAAAAAAACUAAAUUUUGACGAUGAAAAUAUAAUUGGUAAAUCAGGUUCUAAAAGAAAAAUGUCACCUACUAAAACACCAGAAAACAAAAAAAUUAAAAUUAGUUCAGUAGAUUCUCCUGAUACUCAAGAAAGUGGAUAUACAACAGAAUCAUCUCCUUUGCAGUCUGUUAAGUCUACUAUCCCUACAGACAAUAUUGAAUCAAAACUUUGGGUGGAAAAGUAUAAACCAUUAACGUUAAAACAAAUUAUUGGUCAAACAGGCGAAAAAAGUAAUGUUAAUAAACUGGUAAAUUGGUUAAAAUCCUGGUAUUCAAACCAUGGAGUAGGAGUCAAUAAAAAAUUAACUAGACCAAGUCCUUGGGCAAAAGAUGAUAAUGGAGCUUUUUUCAAAGCUGCUCUACUUUCUGGUUCUCCUGGUGUAGGAAAAACAACAACAGCACAUUUAGUUUGUAAAGAGCUGGGUUUUGAUAUUGUAGAAUUUAAUGCUUCUGAUACAAGAUCCAAGAAACAAUUACAAAAUAAUGUGUCUGAACUUUUAUCUUCAACUUCUUUGAGUCCUUUUUUGGGUGGAAAAUCUGUGACUAAAAAGCAUGCACUAUUAAUGGAUGAAGUUGACGGUAUGGCAGGAAAUGAAGAUCGAGGUGGUGUACAAGAGUUAAUUAUUUUAAUUAAAAAUGCUAAAUGCCCAGUUAUAUGUAUGUGUAAUGAUCGGAAUCAUCCAAAAAUACGUACAUUAUCUAACUAUUGUUUUGAUCUACGAUUUCAUAAACCAAAAUUGGAACAGAUUAAAGCUGCUAUGAUGAGUAUAUGUUACAAAGAAAAAUUAAAAAUUUCUCCAGACACUUUAUCUUCAAUUAUUGCUAGUACAGAUAAUGAUAUUAGAUUAACACUCAAUCAUUUGUCAGUUGUCGCUGCUGGAAAAGAUAAUUUAAACAUAAACAAAAAAUACAUUAAAAUGGGUCCAUGGGAUGUUGUGCGAAAAGUUUUUUCUGCUGAAGAACACAAAUCAAUGAACAUUACUGAUAAAUGUGACCUUUUCUUUUAUGAUUAUAACAUAUCUCCAUUAUUUGUUCAAGAAAAUUAUUUAGCUGCCGUUCCUCAUAAUGUCGAAGGUUCUAAAUGGAAAACAUUUGAACGUUAUUCAUUAGCGGCUGACAGUAUACGAAUAGGAGACAUAGUUAGUGCAAAAAUUAGAUCUACCAAUAACUGGAGCUUACUGCCUGCACAAGCUAUAUUUUCUAGUUAUUGCCCUGGAGAAUUUCUGAGAGGUCAUGUGAGUAAACAAAUUAAUUUCCCUGCUUGGCUAGGGAAAUUUUCCAAGGGAAACAAAAUGAACAGACUUUUACAAGAAUUACAAAUUCAUACGAGAAUAAGAUUAUCUGCAAGUAAAGAAGCAAUAAAUCUUGAUUACUUAACCACUCUAAGAAAUAAGAUUCUCAAACCUCUUAUUGAUGAAGGCAGUGACGGUGUUCAUAAAUCUUUAGAUUUUAUGAAUCAUUAUCAUCUGGUUAAAGAUGACGUGGAAUCUCUUAAUGAACUAUCUUCGUGGCCUGGCCAUAAAGAUCUAAUGUCUGACAUCCCAGCUAAAGUGAAAAGUGCAUUUACUAGAGCAUACAAUAAAAGUGCACCAACAUUCAAUGUAACAAAAAAGAAUAAAAAAGCUGUAGAUGAUGUUGAAGGUUUGGUAGAUGAACAUGAGAUAGAUGAUAAUAUUAGUGAUGAAGAAGAAGAAGAUAUUGCAAAUGAUGCCUUAAUUUCAAUUGUAAAGAAAAAAGCUAGUAAAAAAGCAGCAUCGCCAGCUCCUGAUAAGAAAAUCAAAAAUAGUGGUGGUAGUGGCAGGGGUAAAAAGAAGAAGUAGUUUAUUUUUUUAUUAUUGCAAAAAUUGUUUUUCUAUUUGCUUUAACAUUAUUAUAAUAACAGUUGAGCAUUAGGAAUAAAAUAUAAUUUCUUUUAUAACUUUUUUUUUUUUCAAACCGUAUUACAUUUACUAGGCUUGUCUUAUAAGAUUAAUUAUUACAAUUUAUUAUUUUUAGGAUGGUUAGAAUUAUUCAACGUAAUUUAUUUUAUUUUUUACUUGCUAUGGAAUGUGUUGUUGUUAUAAUUAUUACUGAAUAGUGAAUAGUGAAUACUAAUA